AUGCAGGUCAUAUUCUUACUUUUAACAAUUCCCGUAAGCUACUGCACGCUUUUCGGGCUUAUUGGUACAACGCAGUCGAUUGGAGUGAUAGGCAAGCUCAAGUGUAAAGGAGUGCCCGCCAGUGGAGUGAAGAUGAAGCUUGAAGAUGCAGAAAUCAUAUUUAAUCGAAAGCUGCAGAAAGGAAAUACCGACACGGAUGGGACUUUUAUGUUGACUGGCAGUGCUAAAGAAUGGUCCAAGAUCGAUCCAAAGCUGAAUAUUUAUCACAAAUGCAAUUAUAAAGGGCGCUGCUACAGAAAAGUUAGCAUCUAUAUUCCGAAAGAGUAUAUCACUCCCGGCAAAAAGGCGGUGAAAUACUACAACAUUGGCUCAUUGGAGCUUUCUAUGAAACCGAAAGGAGAAACUAUUAGUUGUUUAUAUUGA